UAUAAAUAUAACUCGGAAAAGUAUUUUAUUCUUUUUUCUUUUAUUGUAUAUUUUUUUUAAAAAAGAAGCAGAAAUGUCUUAUCUAAGCCAACCAUCAUGUUUAAACAAGAGAAAAAGAGGCGAAAAGAAAGUUAGAUUUGAUGUGGAACAACCGGUGAUUAUCAAUACUUAUUCGUCACUAGAAUACGACCGUGGAUCUAUUUAUUCAGCACCAAUUCAAUAUCGAAUUAAUCCCAAUAUUAUACCCAAAGGCCCUGUGCUGUCAUUAGAAAUACCAACUUCACCUUGUGAUUCGGAAGCCAGCAGUCCAGAGACAGAACAAGAACAAUAUUCCCCUACUUCGACCAAAGAUAAAAAGAAAAAGAAACCAAAAUUAACGGUUGAUACAAGUGUUUGCUCGGAUGAUGGCCCAUUGUUUUUCACCAAAUUAUCAACAAACCAUGUCAGGCACAAUGACGACGACGAGAAAGGAGAAGAGGAUGAUACAAUGAAUGACUACCUAAUUCCUAUUACAGCACAACUCUAUUAAUUAGAUCAGCCUUUUUUUUUAUCCUACCUACCUACCCCCCCCCCUCCCCACCACCCUCACUCACUGUUAAUAUUUCGCCAUAAAAAUAUAUAUAUAUGUAUAAAAAUAGAGUUUCUGUGCAUUUAUAUGUGACCACAAACAUUCCAAAUCUAGUGUUACCAUAAAAUAACUAUUCUCAAGACAGACGAACU